GCUCACGUCAUCUUUUCUUACAUCCCAUGCGGGGUAAAAUUGCUGAUGACGCCAACAUUAGUCCCGUCAUAGACGUGAGCUCGAUAUAAAGUCUGAGCAUCAUUGACCGUUUCUCAUCUUGAUAAGGACGUUGAAGUGGCUUGACAUUGUCAUUUCUGCUUUUCAUUGAUAUCGAUUCGUCAUGAGGUCUCUUUUGACUCUUACUUUGGCUACGGCCACUUCAGCUUUUGUCAUCCCUGAGGGUUUGGAUGCGUUCAACACCUGGAAGGAUGAUCUGAAGCAGACGCUUGAAGACAUUCCUACUCGCUUCCGCAAGACUCUCGAUGAAGCGACUGAGCAGCUCUCUACUGAGUUCACAGCCGCCAUCCACAACAGACUCCAAGAUGAAGACGCUUUCUUCCCUGAGGAUGAUGUAGACGACGAGUCUGCGGAUAUCUUUGGCCGAACAGGCGGUGACUUUACGGAUCAUACGACGUACGAACUCAUCGCUAAGAGCAACUACACCAAGAAGUUCUUCAAGCUCGUGCAGAAGCAUGAGAAGUUUGGAAAGCUGCUUAACAGCACUGAUGCGAACUACACGCUUUUCGUUCCUACUGAUGAGGCAUUUGAGCAUAUUCCUCAUCAUCAUAAGGAUAAGCCUAGUGAUGAGUUUGUCGAGGCUGUUCUCAACUACCACCUUGGUAUUGGGGAGUAUCCUGCGUCGCGAAUCUUGUUCACGCAUACUAUUCCUACGACGCUGAAGGAGCCUCUGCUUGGUGAUAAGCCUCAGCGUCUUCGAACCAGUGUUGGAUUCUCUGGGGUGAGGGUUAAUCUGUACAGCAAGGUCAUUGCAGUCAACUUUAAAACCAAGAAUGGCAUCAUCCACGCCGUCAACAGGAUCCUCGUCCCUCCUCCCUUCAUCGGCAAGGAAAUCAGCCUCUUCCCCGCCCAAUUCUCAACUCUUCUCCUCGCUUUCGAAAAGACCGACUUCGUCAAGUACAUCCACAACAUCCCCAUGGUCGGCAGCACCGUCUUUGCCCCCUCCAACGACGCAUGGCGCCGUCUCGGUCCCCGUGCAAACGCCUUCCUCUUCAACACCGAGACCGGCAAGAAGUAUCUCAAGGCCCUUCUCAAGUAUCAAAUCGUCCCCAACAUCACUCUCUACAGUGAUGAGGUGUACUACGGCGACGAGAAGGUGUCGAAGAAGCUUUAUGGUCAUGGCGAUGAUUUCCAUAUUGAGCUUCCAACGCUUCUUGAGAGGAGUGUUGGUGUUGAUGUUCAUACUUUUAAGAGUUGGACUACUAUUGUGCUGAAUGGGCAUAAUGUUAUUGGGUUUAACGAUGCUGUUGGUAAGAAUGGUGUUAUUCAGGUUCCCAAGACUAUUCCUAUUCCGCCUCAUAGAAAGGGUGAGCAUCCCUCUGAGAUGGAAGGUGAGAUUAGUGUUGAGGAGUUGAAGGAGAGAUUGGAGGAGUAUGUCGAGGAGGAGGAUGAGGACGGCUUUGAGAAUGGCGAGCUGUAAGAAUGUUAGUUCACAGAUUUUGAAGGGAUGAAAGAUCUCAAGGUAGAAAGAGGAGUCGGCAGUAUAGUGUAGGAUAGUAGAGGGAAUAAGUUAGACUACACAGAAACAAAGACUUGUCUCCCAUCUGAGCUGCGUUUAUGCGUACUAAGGCGAUGGCACAACACUCAAGUCAGUAUCAACAUCACUUAACUAAGCAAUAUGAGCGGUACCAAGCAACACGACAGUAUUAACAUCACUUUAAAAAUGCAAAAGAGUUGACAGAAG